AUGUACAAGGUUCUGAGUUUAAUUUUUCUAUUCGUUUUUGGAGGUAUAGCUACACAUACACAUAAAGAUAGUCUUCCAUCAAAGUACAUUAAACGUUUGACACCAUCAUUAAAACAAAACAAUAAUGGCAUUGAUUGGUGUCCAGAAUGUGUUGAUACAUUUGACACGUUAAUCUAUUUUUUGAUUGAUGGUAUUAUUGAAUUGGGUAUUGCAACUACAUUAUUUGAUAAUGGUGAUGCUAAAUUCUUAUCAUUUGUUAUUGCACCACCGCAUGCACAAGCUUAUACUAAAUUUGUCUUUGAUUUGACUUAUCAAACUGUUAAUGGAACUGGUACGGGUCAAAUGCUCGUUAACGUUGAAACCAUUGACGGAAUAAAAGUUUCGUCGUUUUUCUUGAUUGAAACGAAAAAACCAGGCAAAUAUGAUGAGCGUAUUAGUCUCGAUACGACACCCGAUCCAGAUUGUGAAUCUGCUACCGAUCCUUGCGAAGAAUGGUUUCCAGGUGUAUAUAAUGUGACAGUUAAGAUUUGUAAUGGAGAAUGUGGUUCACAUCAUCCCCACAGUCAAAUUUAUGAUACAAUUCAACGUACAUUUCAAAUUGAUAAAUAA